AUGCCGACUGAUAGAAAAAGCAAAUUAGCACUAGCAGCUAAUAAAAGAGAGCGAGAAUUUUUAGCAAUAACAGCUUAUGAAACAGUAAUUCAAACUGGUACUGAGCGAGUUGCUGCACAACCUCGUGAAUCUUUUGGCUCCACUUCUACUAAUAUUCAAAAUACUUCUGAUG